AUGCCGCCAUCAACACGAACCCUCACGCUCCUCACCCGCAACCUCCUCGCCCGCCCUCUAACCACCACCACCCGGCCCGCCAUCCGCCCGCCCACAACAACAACAACAACAACAACAACAACAGCCACCCGCGCCUCGUCCACAUUCAACCCAGGCCCGUCGCCACCCCGCCUGCCCGCGGAGCAGCAGGCCGAAUUCGAGCGCCUGCAGCGCGAGGCCUCGGUCGCCGACUUCUCCUCCACUCCCGCCGCCGCCGAAGCGCCGCGGCCGGUUGAGGUACAGGACGCCGCGACCAACAACGGCGCGGCGGGCGCGACGUCGGGCGGCAUACGCAAGGGUGCGCCGCCCGAGUUCGAGGGCGACGUCAACCCCAAGACCGGCGAGGUCGGCGGGCCCAAGAACGAGCCGCUGAGGUGGGGCGCCGCCGGCGAUUACAGCUUCAACGGGCGCGUAACGGACUUUUGA